UUGGAAAUGCCAGUCUUCAAAGUAGUAUUAUCAUCAUGAGAUAUGGUCGCAUUUAUCGAGGAGAUAAGGUGAUGCAUGCUCAAUAUUUUGGAGCUAUCGGUGCAAUAUUAUAUAAUGAUCCAGCUGAUUAUGCUCCAUUUGGAACAACAUCUGAUCAAGUUUAUGAUCAAAAGUGGUUUAUGCCUCCAAGUGGUACACAACGAGGAACAUCCUAUAAUUCGAAAGGUGAUCCUUUGACACCUAUAUAUCCAUCAACAGGUUCCAUCAUAUUUCAACAAUGA